AGGGAGGGUUGCAGCCUAUGUUGAGAAUUGGGGGCUAAUCAGAAGAUUCUGGGGCCUUUGAAGAUGGGCAGGCAGGUCUAUCGUUCCGUUUUUCUAGGCAUGUGACAUGCUGUGAGGCUGAGACAGGGUGAGAUGCACAUGAGCCUGUCUGCCUGUGCGGGUGCAGAGUCCUGUGGGAGAGGUACAGGCAGAUAUGGAGACAUAGAGGAAAUGCUGCAGGACAAGGGCCUGUCGGAGAGUGAGGAGGCCUUCCGGGCUCCGGGCCCAGCGCUCGGCGAGGCCAGCGCCACCCCUGCCGCCAACGUCCCGGAGCCCACGCUGGCUGCGCCUGGCCUCAGCGGAGUGGCGCUCGGCAGCCCCCGGGGCCCCGGCACCGACGUCCCCGCUGCCGCCGCCGCCGAACAGACCAUCGAGAACAUCAAGGUGGGUCUGCAUGAGAAGGAGCUCUGGAAGAAGUUCCACGAGGCGGGCACGGAGAUGAUCAUCACCAAGGCGGGCAGGAGGAUGUUCCCCAGCUACAAGGUAAAAGUCACAGGCAUGAACCCGAAGACCAAGUACAUCCUGCUGAUUGAUAUCGUCCCUGCAGAUGACCACCGCUACAAGUUCUGUGACAACAAAUGGAUGGUGGCAGGGAAGGCUGAGCCGGCCAUGCCAGGAAGGCUGUACGUCCACCCAGACUCUCCGGCCACAGGGGCCCACUGGAUGCGGCAGCUGGUCUCCUUCCAGAAGCUGAAGCUGACGAACAACCACCUGGACCCCUUCGGCCACAUCAUCCUCAACUCCAUGCACAAGUACCAGCCGCGGCUACAUAUCGUUAAGGCUGAUGAGAACAAUGCUUUUGGCUCCAAAAACACAGCCUUCUGCACCCAUGUGUUCCCAGAGACCUCCUUCAUCUCUGUGACCUCCUACCAGAAUCACAAGAUAACACAGCUGAAGAUUGAGAACAACCCUUUUGCCAAGGGAUUCCGGGGCAGUGAUGACAGCGACCUGCGUGUGGCCCGGCUACAGAGCAAAGAAUAUCCCGUGAUUUCCAAAAGCAUCAUGAGACAGAGGCUCGUCUCCACCCAGCUCUCGGCCAAACCCGAUGUCAGCCCCCUGCACGGUGCCCACCAGGCCCUCCAGCACUACCAGUAUGAAAAUGGGGCUCACAUGCAGUUUGCUGCGGCUGAGCCACAAGACCUUCCCCUCAACACCUUCCCAAGCCAGAGGGACUCGAGCCUCUUCUAUCAUUGCCUGAAAAGACGAGACAGUGCUCGCCACCUGGACUUACCCUGCAAGCGAUCCUAUCUGGAAGCUCCUUCUUCAGUGGGGGAGGAUCACUAUUUCCGCUCUCCCCCUCCCUAUGACCAACAGAUGCUGAGCCCAUCCUAUUGCAGUGAGGUGACCCCAAGAGAAGCCUGUAUGUACUCAGGUUCAGGGCCUGAGAUUGCCGGGGUGUCUGCAGUGGACGACUUGCCCCCAACCCCACUGAGCUGUAGCAUGUGGACUUCGGUCUCACCGUACACCAGCUACAGUGUUCAGACAAUGGAGACUGUGCCUUACCAGCCCUUCCCCACGCACUUCACUGCCACCACUAUGAUGCCUCGGCUGCCUGCCAUCUCUGCUCAGAGCUCCCAGCCACCAGGAAACACCCAUUUCAGUGUCUACAAUCAGCUCUCACAAUCUCAGGUCCGAGAGCGGGGGCCCACCGCCUCAUUUCCAAGAGAGCGUGGCCUCACUCCAGUGUGCGAGAGGAAACCGCCCUCUCCACACCUGAAUGCUGCCAAUGAAUUUCUCUACUCCCAAAGCUUCUCCUUAUCCCGGGAAUCUUCCUUACAGUAUCAUUCAGGAAUGGGAACAGUAGAGAACUGGACUGAUGGAUGACUUCCAUGUCUCCUGGACAGACAGGACCAUGUUAAUUCAGUAUUAACCUCUGUGGGUGGCCUGCACCACCAAGAAACCCUCACAGGAAGGUAUUUCCAAGGCUGUGUGUGUGUGUGUGUGCAUGCACAUGCACAUGUGUAUGUAUUUGGAGAGCACCUAUCUUUUGACAUACAACUGAGGCCGUGACAAGAAGAAAAAGUAAUUAUAAGGAAUUUUGGCUGCAGGAUCUAUAUCUGUUGUUUGUUGACAUCUCUCAGCAUGCCCCUGGGUGGAAUGGAGUGCAGGGUUCAUGUGAGUUAUAUUUAGGAGGUUUUUAUAAUACAAUCUUUGAUUCACUCAGGGGCCAGGUGGUGAAGUGUUUCCAUAGCAAAAGUUGGGGCAAACCCUCAUUAUUGGGGUGGGAGGGCUCUGUGCACACCUUAGAGUUCCUGGGCUUCUAUUUACAAGGGGAGCUGCACAUCUUGUUUUGGAAUGGAAUUUCCACUCCUUUGGUUUCUGGAGAUUCUGUGAGGCGACCUGAGAAGAGGGCUCAACCAGGCUUGAGAAAGCAUGCUCUGAGGGUAGAGCUGACUGCUCAGUUCAUGGCCUGGAAACUGAUCCCCAGAGCCUCGAGAUCUGAAGGAUGGCUUCAGAAAGGGUAAGGUCCUAAGUGCCACUUGAUGGGUAUUUUAAAAGUUUGUUUUUUGUCCCCCUGAAGUGUAGGGAAAAUGCAUUCAGUACCAUCUCUGUCACCAUUCAGGUUUUGUCGUAAAGUACAAAGCACCUCCACCUUGGUCCCCAACACACAAUUUCUCAGUGUCUCUCUCUGGUGUGCAAGACUUGGCCUCUCAGGUGCCAUCUGCAUCCUAUGAGUGGCAAUUAUGAAACAUGCCUCACCUGGCAGUGUCCACAGGAGACCAGAUUGGAACUGCUGCCAGGCAUCCCCAGAACGUGUUCUGCUUCCAGAAAAUCUGCGUUGCUGGAGCAAGAGAGCCCAACAGAAAUAAAAAAGAAAAUUGAGGAAACAUUCAUGUCUUCCAGUAAAUUCAGCCAGUAAGCUCAAAGGAGCAAAGAUGAAUUAUUCUCUAACAAGGCAGAUCUCAUAGUCUUCAGCCCAGUUCUUCAGCAUUGAACGUCACCAGACCAUCUGAGUGGCUGAUGUGAACUCUAUUAUCAAAUUUGGGAAAUCACUAAACUCUUUGCAUGCUGAAUAGCUAUUUAUAUAUUAUAUAAAUAAAUAAAUAAAAAUAAAUAUAUAUAUAUAUCUCUCACAAAUGCAGGCCACAUGUCAAAUUCAGCUUUGCUUUUUUACAAGUGAAUAAACUUAAGAAUGAGCAUUGCAGAGGUAUUUGGGGAGACAUCUAUUUAAAUUUUUAUUACACAUUUUGAUGUUGGUUAGAUAAAACAUACACACACAAAUACUACAGAUAAAGCUUUAUUAGAAACCACAUUAGCUAACAGGUGAUGUGGAAAUGCAAGUGUUUUGUUAUAUAGCAUGGACAUUUUUAUUUUACAUAUCGGAACAUAAAGACAUUUUACAACUGUGAAA